CUACGUUGUUUUUUGUUCCUCCCACGCAAUUGCCAUAAGACAUAUAGCCAGUUGACACUGCCGUUGCAAUCAGUUCUGGUAUUUCCAGAUCGAAGAAGUCUUCAUGAAUCAAUCACUGCUGUGUCCAAUUCUUUUGUUGCUAUUGUCAACUCAGCAAAGUCUCUCUUUAAGUUGCUCGAGCUAUUCACAAUUUGAUACAAGUCCAGAGAGAUUUGCAGGUCGCAUUCCUUCUAUUCGUUUUAGAGAAGAACAGAUCAGCCAGGCUCAGUUUAUUACCAAGAUCAGAAUCACUAAGGUUUAUGAAGGCACUCACAAGGAUGACAAAAUGUAUGCAGCAAAAUUGAUUUGCAACUUGAAAGGAAUACUUGAACAUUCAAGUAUGGAGAUAAAUGUUAGCCGAGGUGACAGAAAUUGUCAAGUUAUACAUAAACACACCAAGGCUGGAGACGACGUGAUUGUCUUUAUGAAUCAAACCAAUCGAGUUGGAGGAAUUUGGAAUCUAAACAGUCCUGGAAUGUUCAGUAUAAAGGAGUGGGAAAGAGACUAUCUCAGACAUCUUCCUGACAAUCAUUGCUUUAACGAUAUGAACAAUCUUACAACAACAACUAACAAAGCAAAACACAAAUCAAAUUCCUGUAGAUCUGUUGCUUCUGCUCAAAAGAAGAUAAACGAUUCUGUCAACUGCACGGACAUGCCAUGGCAUGCCUUCAUUUGGGAUCGUCAACUCUGCAAGACACAGUGCGAUGCGGUUGUAAUUCAUGACUCUUGGCUUCUGACAUCGGCUCGCUGUGUUAGUAACUACACACGCACACCAACACGUCUGGUAAUCAGUUUGGGAGUCAGCAAUGCUCGACAGAUGAGGAAGUCCUCUAGAGCAAAAUACGUUGUUUUACACCCACAGUGGCAGGCUCGAUCGGAUGGGCAAGGUGUGGCAUAUGACAUGGCACUAGUGAAGAUGAAGACAUCUAGACACAAUAAAGGAUUAUGUCCUACUGAACCAAUAUCAUUAGCAUCAAAUGGUGAUACCGUCACAGACCUUCACUGCUUGGGAUCCAAAACUGAUGUUCGUAACGGAUAUGUAAAGAAACUAAUUUUGAAUACGUCAAAUGCCGCAGUAGUAGAUACAGAUCAAACAGAAGCCAAUUGGGCAGCAACUGCAUGUAGAGUCCAAAAUGGUCAGUGGGUCUUGUUUCAAGUCCUUAGUGGCAUUUCCGGUCGAUUGACGGACCCCGUCUUGACAAAAGUCGACAACAACAAGAACGUCACCGACUGGAUAACUCACAAUAUCAACGAGCCUAAUUGAAUUUCCUGAUUAUGAACAAGUUUACAACGAGUAACUGUAUCUUCAAACGAAGAACAGAAAUAUGCAAUUUGAUUAGUUUAAUUAACGCCAUAGCGGUGAAGUUGUAAUUUCGCGGUAUAUUCGUAGUAGUAAGAAAACGGACAGAGCAAAUCGAUAACAAAAAUACUACAAUUCUUGCACUACAGUGUCAGCCAAUGUAUAGUAAAAUAAAAUUGUAAAACUUACAA